AUGUUCCCCACUGUAUCCUUGUUGACAACCAUUCUCCUGGCUUUUUCAAUCACGGUAUCGUCCGUUGAAGUUAGCAAUUCCCCCAUCACCCUCCCCAUUGCUAGGAGGCUGAACGUCUCCGAUGGUAUCAUUAACCUCUUGCAGCGGGAUAAAGCUCGCAUGGCUGCCCUCAGGGACUCCUCCUUGAGCCAUGCCGGCCUUGGCACUUCUAUAUCCAAUGUUGGCAAUAGUUACUUAUUAGCAGUUGGUGUUGGCAGCCCCCCGAAAACCUACAACUUGAUUGUCGACACCGGUAGCUCGAAUACAUGGAUUGGCGCUGGCACUCCGUACGUGAAGACCAAGACCAGCGUCAACACUGGCCGGGCUGUGUCGGUCGGUUACGGUUCUGGUUUCUUCUCUGGAACUGAGUACCUCGACACUGUCACUCUUGGUCAGGGGCUCACCAUCCCACAUCAGUCGAUUGGUGUGGCUUCUUCUUCGUCGGGCUUCGCUGGUGUCGACGGUAUCCUUGGAAUGGGUCCUGUAGACUUGACAUUGGACACCCUGACAAAAGAACCCAAAACAACGAUCCCAACAGUCACUGACAGUCUGCAUAGCCAAGGCACCAUUCAGAGAGAGGUUUUUAGUAUCUCUUUCGAGCCCACCAAUUCGCAACCAGUCACCAAUGGAGAGCUCACCUUCGGUGAAACUGAUGCUCACAAGUACACCGGCGCCAUUACGUACACCCCCAUCACUACCGGCCAAACUGCAUCGAACUAUUGGGGUAUCAAAGAGAGCAUUUCCUACGGCUCCACGACGAUCAUGUCCUCCACUGAUGGUAUCGUCGACACUGGAACCACAUUUAUCUUCAUUGCCACUGAUGCCUACAAAAAGUACAAGUCUGCGACUGGCGGUAUUCCGGAUUCGGCAACUGGCCUUCUCCGCGUUUCAUCUUCCCAGUACAAAGCCCUCAAGAACCUGAACUUCCAUAUCGGCGGCGAAACCUACACUCUGACACCUAACGCCCAGCUCUGGCCUCGUGCUCUCAACACCUACAUUGGUGGUGCUAGCAAGGCCAUGUAUCUCGUCGUUAGCGACAUUGAUUCGGCUAAUGGCCCAGGGUUUGACUUUGUCAACGGCUACCCAUUCCUCGAGCGCUUCUACUCUGUGUUCGAUGCCACCAACUCCCGCAUCGGUUUUGCCACGACGGCGUACACUAAUUCCGAGAUCAACUAA